AUGAGCAAGUUUAAAUGUGAUUAUAUGUCAAUUCUUACGGAUGGUUUAAAUGCAAUAAAAUUGUCACCAAGGGUAAAAUUUAUAGAACCAGUUCAUGUGUAUAACGAAUUUAUCUAUGUCAGUUGUAAUAUUACUAACGGGACCACAGUGUAUUCAAACUUCCAUUUCAACUUAAAUCCAAAAGUUAACAAAAGAAACAUAUUAAAAGAGGCAAAUGAUCAACUAAGUGUUGUUAUUAUUGGGUUUGAUUCGGUAUCAAGAUUUAUAGCAGAAAAACAACUGUCAAAAACUUUAGACUUUUUCGAAAAUAAUUUAGGGGCCUACCCUAUAAAGGGGUAUACCCGCAUUGGGGAUAACACAUUACCAAAUUUGCUGGCCGUUCUUACAGGGAAAACCCUACCAGAAUCUAUUCUAUCCGCACGAACAAUACCUGUUUUAUACAAAGAAGUAUUAAGAAGAGGCUAUAUAGACUGUUAUGCAGAGGACUGGGCUCCAUACUUAGUACCUUUCAUUGCUAAGUAUCCAAACUACACUCACUAUUUCCGUAAUAUAAUUCUGGCGAAAGAAAACACAGACCUACAGGUUUCACAACUUAGUUCCGAGACAAUGAAGCAUAUCAAAUUGAGUACUAAUCCAAUAUGCAUUGGUAAUGAAUUUAAACAUAAUUUAAUUUUUAAGUAUAGCAAACAAUGUAUUGAAAAGUAUAACGAGAAAAGAAAGUACGUAUUUAUGUGGAAUAAUCAGGUAUCUCAUCACAAUCCACAUAGUUUAUCUUUAGCGGAUGAAGACACAAAACAGUUUAUAGAGUGGAUGAAUUCCACUGGGAAUCUAAAAAAUACCGUGUUGGUAAUAAUGAGUGAUCACGGACCGCGUUACGGUCAAUUUGCUGAGACAGACUUUGGAAGAAUAACCAGCAAUUUUCCGUUAUUGUCAAUAUACAUACCGCAUCAUGUCAAAGAAGAAUUUCCUACAAUUGCAAAAAAUUUAAAAGUCAACGAAAACCGAUUGACCACGCCAUUUGACUUGCACGAAACAUUAAAGGAUAUUAUCUUCAGCAAGUUAGAAAAACGAGAAAAAGAAAACAAUUUGUUUAACUCUAGAGGAAUCAGUCUGUUUCGUGAAAUUCACAAACAAAGAAGUUGCUAUGAUGCUUCAAUAGGGGAAAACUAUUGCCCAUGCUAUGCUAGUCAGCCAAUAUCACUUGCAGACGAUACAGUUCAAUUAGUCACUACUUUUGCAGUGGAUUGGUUGAAUCGGAUAAUUACAGACCAUAAUGUACCAUGUGUCAUUUUGAAUUUAAUGUCCGUGAAGUCAGCAAGGAUUCAAUACACCCCAUCUUCAAGUCAUGACAGGAAUGAACAUCGUUACAUUAUAAAUUUCUAUACUUAUCCAGGAAAUGGCUUAUUUCAAGCUACUUUAUUUAAAGAUGUUGAGCAUAUUUCCCUGUUAGGAAAUAUAGAUAGACUGAACGAAUACGGUAACCAGUCUAGUUGUAUCCCAGAGAAGUUUCCACAUACAGACCUCCGUAAAUAUUGUUAUUGUCAGUGAUGGAACGAAUACUAUGUGAACGGAAAGAAAAUGUAAGAGAAAAGGUCAUUCGGCUGGAGAAAAUUCAGUUUGACGGGCGUAUUUGUUAAAUCUAAAAUAGACUCAAAGUGAGCCAGUAUAACUAAAGUAUUGGCACACAGAGCAAAAGUAUAAACAUACUGUCGUUAGAUGAAACUUUAAAGUGGAUGACAACCAGAGUUGAUUUUCAUAUUAAUCAUAAACAAUCUAUACAUUCUACCCGUGUUCCGGUAAAACAAAUAUGCGCAACUGUAAUAUAAUCUGGCGCGCAAUCGUAAAAAAGUUAUCCUCCACUGCGCGCAAAUGUACUAUGCUAAUGGUCCUCGACUUGAAUGAACGACGGAGGACAACCACGUUUGAUAUGGACAAUUGUCCCUUGCAACAGUCAAAAAGUAAUUAAAAAGAUAUUGAUAACUUAACACUUUCCCUACAUGAGGCACCGAAUUUAACGUGUUCAUUCCCACUUGAUGUGGCUGUUUAUUUAUUUACCCCAUACAACAAAACUGAGGUUCUUUGAGAUAGCGAGUUGUAUCCCUGUAGACUGUGACACUUGGAUCUAUUUCUAAUAGCCAUGAUACCUUUAGGAGAAUACACUUUGAAAUCGACAUACUAUUAACAUGACAGAUAGGGACUCAAUAUAUUGUAAUACAUGUUGAUCAUUCGGUGACCUUGACCUUUGACCUUGAGUAUUGUUAUUAAAUUUUGUAAGAUAUUUAAAAACAUGUUUAUUCAAAUUAGACAAGUGCUAUAGUGUGGUAAGAAGGUCAAAUAUCAGAGGUAAAGGUCAUGUAAAACAUAAUUCGCAACGACCCUUUAUUUGGUAUAAUAGUACAUAGCAACCAUACAUAAUUGGGUUAAGCUUUAAAUGAAAGAAUUAGUAUAUAGACUAUCAAUCAAAAGUCAGGGGUCAAUAUAGUCAUCAGUGUCUUAAGCAGUCAUUUUCUUAUGAUUUAAAAAUUGCCUAGCAACAAUUUGUUUUGGUUCUAGUGGACAAAAUUCUUUCCUUGCAAGCUUUUAGCAGCCAUUCUCAAAUGGUCAGUAGGUCAUGGAUUUAAAUUUUCUGAAAAGAUUGGACAACCGUAAAUUAAUUUUUAUCAAAUUUCGUAGUUAUUUUCUUCACAAUUAUUUUAGACGAUAUAAGAGAUACUAAAAUAGUUAAAAUGUCCAACAAAACAAAUUCUUCAAAAAGAAAGAAUUAGCCAAGUGAUUCUUUAAAUGUGUUUUCGGUCUUGCGACAUGUGUAUAAUUUGCCUCCACAAAUACUUUAAAAAGUUGUGUCAAUAUUAAGACGGUAAUUUUUUUAAUCUAACAUUGCUGUUUUUAAUUAUUAUAUUUCUGUUAAAUAUUAACAGAUACCAUACCUUAUAUUAGUUUGAUUCAGAAUUGCUGCAAAGUAGUUUUUGUCAGUGCCAAAUUGCACGUCAUGAAUCAGAAAAGCUAUGUACAUGUAAUCGUUUGUCUUGUGAAACAUAGACAUAAUUAUGUUUAAGAACUUUUUCCGGAAAAUCGGUGAUUAUGGGAGCCAGCAUCCCUAUAUAAAUUGUUGGUGGUUACAGAGAAUUGCUCUUAAAUAGUUCGAUAUUUUCUUUUUCAAAAUCGACAGGAAAUCUUGAAAGUCAAUUGAAUGUAUCUAUAGUCUCUCUUGUAUCAGUUUUUUUUAUAAAAUGAUAAGUAAAAUUGAGAAAAACGUUACCUGAAAAUUGGAAAAUGUGUUCAUUUGUCUAGCUUGAAAAUGAAAAAUCUUGAAAGAACUUGGAAUUUGCAAAAAACCUAGGAAUCCAAUUUGAUUAUUUAUAAUACAUGUAAAUAAAUUGUAAUACCUUUGCAUAUGUUUUGAUUGAUUGAACUACAAAUUUGAUACCCCGCAAAGUGACUCGACUUGAAUGAAUGACGGAAGGACAACCACGUUGAAUAUGGACAAUUACCCUUGCAACAAGCCACACUCAAAUAGUUGUUAAAAAGGUAUUGAUAACUUAACACUUUCCCUACUUGAGGCACCGGUUUAACGUGUUCAUUCCUCAUUUCCAUCAGACGUGGCUGUUUACUUAUAUACCCUACACAGCAAAACAGAGGAUCUUUGAGAUAGGGAUUUGUAUCUCUCUAGACUAAGACACUUUGAUCUAUUUCUAAAAGCCGUGACGUAAUCCCUCGGGAGAAUACGCUCUAAAAUCCACUUCCUACAACCG